UUGAGCGCGUAUAUGAGCUUGCAGAUGGGUCUUUCACCAAUCAGCGAAUGUCUCUGCAAAUGUAUCUCCGAGAAGCAGAUAGCCUCAAGAAACAUCUCGAAACGCAUCAUUCAAUAGAAGAGCGAUUCAUAUUCCCCGAACUCGCGAAAAAGAUGCCUUCCUUUGCGGAGAAUGACCAGCACCGAAAGUCUCAUGAAGGUAUUCACGACGGUCUGGUUAAACUGGGCGCCAUCACACGUGAAUUUCGAGAGAACCCCACGUCGUAUUCCCCGGAACGCAUGCGCGAAUGUCUUGAUUCCUUCAGGGACGUACUCAUGAAACACCUAGACGAAGAAGUAGAAGACCUCCGUGGGGAAAAUCUAAAGAAAUACUGGACGCUGGAAGAACUUGACAAAAUCCCUAUAUGAUGCGUGCCGUUCGGCUUUUGAUGUACUGGUUAACCGCCUCGUUCGGCAUCUGGACGGCACCUUUCUUGUAUUUUCUUUACAGAUACACGGACUCAUAAACUUUAGAGGCGUCAGAUUCAAAUCGUGUUGCGUCGUAUGCUGAUGGUGAAGGUCUCUUCCUUUCGGUGACCAUAUGGAUUUAACAUCCAUGUUGCAUAUGUAUCUGUUACGCGUGUUUGGCCAUUCAUCAUCUUCCAUUCUCCCGAGAGUUGCUGCUUCAAACUAUGUAGUCCUUGUUAACCCCAUUCAACUUUUUUUGCCGAACUUCUUAUUUUGUUGUUGCGGUUGCUCUGUGGCGUGCUGUCGUUAAGCUGCUAUACAUGUGAA